UAAGUGACAUAGGAGAGAGACUUCAACCUCGCGUGAAAAUAAACACCCAAUAUUGAUAUUGCCUACGCCCAACCACGCCGGGCAGGUGCUUCAAACACGAGUACGUGUGCUUUCAAGCUCAACCAGGCAUCCAUCCACGUAGGGGGCCAGCGAGAUAUACACCUACGUGCGCAACACCAUGCGUGGUCCUACGGCGAUGCUCGCGCAAGCACCGCUCAGCCUGGCCCUGGCGCGGCCCGUUAUCUUCGACGUCAGCAGCACCGCGGCCGCGGCAAACGCCAGCACGCCCUUCGACGGGUUCGUGAGCUACUCGAUCGAAUUCUCGUCGUUCCCGGACUACGCCGGUAACAAGUCGCACCCGAACACGUUCUCCUACGCCCUGCUCGCCAACCUCGGCGCCGUCUCCGGCCCCGGCGGCGCGCCGCUGCCCUGCGUCCGCGUCGGCGGCAACACCCAGGACUACGCCCUCUUCGAUCCGGACCUAGCCGUCGCCCUUAACGGGACCUAUGACCCGGCGCGGUCGCCUGACUACCCGACCACGCUCGCCGUCGGCCCGUCCUUCUUCGAGUCGUACGCCGCCUGGCCCGCCGGCGUCCGGUUCACCCACGGCUUCAACCUCGGCGGCAACCACGCCCCCGCGGCCCGCCGCCGCGACACCCUGCUGCGCACCGCCGCGCUCGUCUGCCGCGCACUCGGCGGCGGCGGCGGCGCCGCGCUGCACGCCCUAGAAUACGGUAACGAGCCCGACCUCUUCGCCACCAGCGCCCAGGGCCCCGUCCGCCCCCUCACUUACGAUGAGCCCGCCUACGUCGCCGAGUGGCUUAACGGCACUCGCGCGAUCCGCGACGUCUUCGCGGAGCAUUGCCCCGACCUAUUACGCGAUGGAGAGCUCCCAUUCGUCGCGCCCUCCUUCGCCGGCACGCGCAACCACCUGAGGGCACCGCAGGCUUGGGCAGCGGGCCUCGACGCCGAUCGCAAUAUCAAGUACUUCUCCUCGCACAACUACAUCUCGGGCGCCGACACGCCGGGCGUGACGCUGCAGGGCACGCUGAUGAACCACACGCGGACGCAGCUCAGCGUCGCCGCGCACGCGGCCGAGUACGCCUCGCUGGGCGCGCUCUCGCACCCGCUGCCGCCCCUCAUCCUGGGCGAGACGAACUCGCUCUACAACCAGGGCCGCCGCGGGCUCUCGGACACGUUCGGCGCGGCGCUGUGGGGCGUCGACUUCGCGCUGGCCGCGGCCGCCGCGGGCGUCCGCCGCGUCUACUUCCACACCGGCGUGGGCUACCGCUACGCGGCCUGGCAGCCCGGCGCCGUGCGCCCGCCGUACUACGGGCACGUCGCGGUGGCCGCGUUCCUGGGCGCGCCGGCCGGCGCCGCCUCCGACGCGGCGGGCGAGCGCGCGGCCGUCAGCGUCGCCGCCCUCGAGCCCCGCCGCCGCCCCGCCGACCCGCACGCCGACGCCGCCUACGCCGCCUACGCGCCCGGCGGCGCCCUCGCCCGCCUGCUCGUGCUCAACCUGCGCGCCUACAACUACACGCUCGGCGGCGGCGGCGGGCCCGAGCUCAACCCGGAGCCGCGGCCGCAGCGCACGUACCGCUUCCGCGUGUCCGCGUUCCCGCCCCCGGCCCCCCGCGCCGCCGCCGUCCGCCGCCUGCGCGCCAACGGCAGCGACGCCGUCGCCGGCCUGUCCUGGGACCGCUGGAGCUACGAGUCCGGGCGCCCCCGCCGCCUCGCCGACGCGACGCUCCGCGAGCUCGUCCCCGUCGGCCCCGGCGGCGUCCUCGAGCUCCGCGUCCCCGACUCCGAGGCCGCGGUGCUGGACUUUCUGCGCUGAGCGCGGCGGCGCGGGCGCGGCUGCGAACACUCGCGGGGAAAGAAAGGGGCUGGUCGGGGAAAGGAAUAGGGGGUGGAAGGGGAGACGAUACGUACGCGCUGGAGGCGAGCAGGGUCGCGCGGCUGUUCCUGCUUAGGGCCGGGUUCUCGUCGUGUGAGGAGGAGACAGUUACCGUAGGAAUUCCACGUUAGUCCAGAGUGAGAGGCACGCCGGUAAGCGCCGCCCAUGCAACAACGUGUAUCCGGCACGCAUCCCUUCCCACAAUGGGGUUAGCCACGGCCGGCGCCAGGCUCGUAACGGGACGGGACAGGAUGGGACGUUGCACCAAGCACGUUGCAUCCCAGCCGGUUGCAGCAGAGUGACUAUUGGAUAGGCUACUUAAGAGGUAUACGCAUAUCCUCGCCUCUGCAGUCGGGUGACGAGGCCGUCGAUAAUGACCGUAGAAUUUGUCAUAUACAUAAGAUAGAAACGGAGCCGCCGCCCCAGUUCGGUAUCUCU